UACCGGAAGUAAACAUUUACUAGCAAGGAAGAAACUUCACAUAGGAAAUGUAUUAAUCCAAAUUUAUAUAUCGACGAAGCAAUUUAUAAUUUUUUUUAAAAAUGGAUCGAUUCAUGUGGACCAGUGGACUCCUUGAAAUAAAUGAAACCUUAGUUAUUCAGCAGAGGGGUGUCAGAUUAUAUGAUGGAGACGACAAGGUGAAGCUCGAUGCAGGAGUGGUCCUCUUGAGCACACAUCGAUUAAUCUGGAGGGAUCAAAAGAAUCAUGAGUGCUGUAUAUGUAUACCGUUGUCUCAGAUCAUCUUCUUUGAGGAGCAGGCUGCAGGAAUUGGGAAGAGUGCCAAGAUUGUCAUUCAUCUACAUCCAGCUCCUGCUAAUAAAGAGCCUGGGCCAUACCAGAACAGCAAGUUCUCCUAUAUUAAGUUAUCCUUUAAGGAACAUGGGCAAAUAGAGUUUUACAGACGUCUGAGCGAGGAAAUGACUCAGAAGAGGUGGGAGAAUACGCCAGUGUCACAGCCCAUUACACAAGCAGGACUGAAGGCAGGAAGAACACGUGCAGUGGGGAUUGUUGGCAUUGAGCGGAAGCUGGAGGAAAAAAGGAAAGAAACAGACAAAAACAUUUCAGAGGCAUUUGAAGAUCUCAGCAAGCUUAUGGAGAAGGCUAAAGAGAUGGUCGAGCUUUCCAGAUCCAUCGCCAACAAAAUCAAAGACAAACAGGGGGACAUCACUGAGGAUGAGACUAUCCGCUUCAAAUCAUAUUUGUUGAGCAUGGGCAUCGCCAACCCCGUAACCAGGGAAACGCACGGCUCAGGCACGCAUUACCACAUGCAGCUUGCUAAACAGCUGGGAGACAUGUUGCAGGCACCACUGGAGGAACGAGGGGGUAUGAUGGCCCUCACGGAGGUCUACUGUUUGGUGAAUCGAGCACGAGGGAUGGAGCUUCUUUCUCCUGAGGACAUGGUCAAUGCCUGCAAGUUGUUUGAAUCUCUGAAACUCCCUCUCAGGUUGCGAGUGUUUGACAGUGGCGUAAUGGUGGUUCAGCUUCAAUCUCACAGUGAAGAAGAGAUGAUUGCAUCUGCUAUUGAUAAUGUGUCUGAGAAGGGCUCCUUAACAGCAGAGGAGUUUGCUAAACUUUUAGGACUGUCUGUUCUUCUUGCAAAAGAGAGGCUGCUGCUUGCUGAGAAAAUGGGGCAUCUAUGCAGAGACGACUCUGUGGAAGGCCUGCGUUUUUAUCCCAACUUGUUCUGAUGUACAAGUCUGAUAAGCAGGAAUAGUCAAAUUUUUCUACUGAACUCCUUUUCUGCUGAUCUCCCAGCGCCCUCGAAACAGGACAGAACUGUUCACGAUGUAGACUGGACUUGUGGAACAACACUGCAGGAUGCUCAGCUCUCAACUGUGUAAUAAGUGUGAAGUGUUAUUGGUGAAUGUUGGUUUUGAUUCUGAUUUUUACUGUACUUAGUUCUUUACAUAUGGGUAUGGGUUUGAAGAAGUUGUCUUAAGUCCUAUUACUUAACAGUAAUUAUAGACCUACCCCUGAUCAGAAAGACUAUGACCGAGAGCCUCACUAAUGAAACCAAAGGCGUGGAUAAAUUUUAGGUUUGAACUUCAGUAUGCAGGCAUCUAAAAGACACUUUCCAUUUCACAGAAUAUGUACGCCUAGGUCCUAGUGGGCAUGGAUGGUUGUACACUAUGUGACCAAAAGUUUAUGGACACCCUGAGAAUUCUACUCCGAUAUUAUUUUUGAGCAUCCCAUUCCAGAUUUAGUCCUCCUGUGCUGUUAAAAUAACCUCCAGUGUUCCACUAGAUUUUGGAACGUUUUGCGGUGGCGAUUUAUGUUCAUUUAGCUGUAAGAGAGUUAGUGAGGUUAGGUGAGGGGGGCCUUGGCCCUAGUCAGUGUUCCAGUACAUCCUAGAAGUGUUGAGCAAGAUUGAGGUCAGGGCUCUGUGCAGGACACGAGUUCUUCCUCAGCAACCUUGGCAAACCAUUUCUUCCAUGUGUGUGGAUUUGUCAUGCUGGAACAGGUGAAAGUAACUCAUAAAGCUGUAGCAUAUGAGGACAUUCUAGGCAACUGUGUGCUAUGCUUCCAAUUUUGUGACAACACUUUGGGAAAGGCUCACAUAUAUUAAUGUGUGGUCAAACUUCUGGCUGUAUAAUGCAAGUUUAAUCCUAAAAUCGCCUUUAUUAACUAAAUAAAGUGACAUUUCUUCCAGUA